GCCACCGCCGCCGAGGCGUACGAACACAACGAAUGAUACCCCUCAGGAUCUAGCGCCUCCCUUGGAACUGAGGGUUCAUAUUUUCGCAUAUCCUUUGGUUUGUAGUGGUAUCGGGGUCUUGCGUUUGUGCCUUGGAUAUAUGGGUGUCGCUGAGCAAUGAAUCAGCUGGAUACCCGAUCAGGCCACUGAAAGCGGCCCCUCAACGCGACAUUAUGGCGUCAAUGCAGGGUCUUGUUCAAGUUUGAACAAAUGCAUGCCAAAGUCUAAUGGAACCCACCUCUGCUACAACGAGCGUGGGAGCGCUCAACACAAAACGUUUGCAGAAGGAAUUGAUGUCAAUGCAAAAGGAACCCCCGCCGGGAGUCAGUAUAAAUGCCAACAACAUUGGAGCUAAUUUAACGCAAUGGGUAGUCGACAUGGAAGGAGCCACGGGUACCCUCUACGAAGGCGAAAAGUUUCAGCUGUUAUUUAAGUUCAGCCCAAAGUACCCUUUCGAUUCACCCGAGGUGACUUUUAUAGGAAGCAACAUCCCAAUCCAUCCCCACGUGUACAGCAACGGCCACAUCUGUCUCUCGAUCCUGACGGACGACUGGUCUCCGGCACUCAGUGUGCAGUCCGUGUGUCUCAGUAUUGUCUCUAUGCUGUCCAGCUGCAAGGAAAAGAAGAGGCCUCCAGACAACUCCCUCUACGUGAAGACGUGCAGUAAAAACCCAAAAAAGACAAAGUGGUGGUAUCAUGAUGACUCUGUCUGAUGUUGGAUGCCAAGUAGCCUCAUGUUUAACAUUGUUCCAUCAUGCCUCACACACUGCACUGCGUUGUCUUACGGGCGAACUGGCAGACUGUCCUAAACGUCGCUCACCAGAACUUGAUACGCAGUUCUUUCGGGGUUGCUUGUACAGGACAGGAACAUGACAUAAGCUCACCGCGAUUGGGAAAAUCGUGUCAAAGCUCUCUGUGCAAACAUUCUUGCAAAAGCAUGCUUUCCCACCUGCUGUACAGUGGGGGCUGUGAAUUUUUUUUUUUUUUUUUUUUACAGCUGUGUAGCAUUAAAUUUGAGGUGGCCCUGUAGGUAGCGCUACAGCUUACUUUUUUUUUUUAUGUAACUGACCUGGUAGGCAUUUUUUAGUCUGAAAGUUUCUUUUUUUUUUUUUUUUUGAAACUGUAGUUUUAUGGAACAAGAUGAAAUUUAUGUUUUGCAAUGCUGGGUUUGCAUGGAGGUUCUGUGAUAGCGUGUAGGCAUUUCAAAUCCCUCUGCUCUGACGUGCAGCACAGUUCAAAAAAAAAGAAGCACAGUAUGUGUGUUGUUAUUGUUUCUGGAAGCUUUUCACAUGUGGGGAGUACUUUGUUAAGUCGUCCCCAAACAUUCCCUGUAAUACGUAGUCCUUUGGCACUAUACCUAGGUAGGAAUUCGUAUAUUGCCCCCCCUCCCCUUUCAUCAGCCGAGUCACACUGCUGCACGUGUUUUUAAUUUAUCUGUUCCAUUCAAACGCCACUAGCAUUCUGCCUCUCUCUUAAUUUCGUGUGCCCUUUUUAUUGGACAAACAUCCCUUGAAGGGAUUUUUUUUUUUUUUUUUUCUAGCAGGGCACGCCGAAGUGUACAGAACAUUGUGGGUUACAUCCCAGUACCUUUGCUUUUACUGCACAAAUAAUCAUCCGCAUUGUUUAUGCAAUCUUUCACCUUUUUCCAUCGCAGCUAAAAGACCUCAGAGAGUCGUCUUCUAUGCUGCUUACGACUGGUAUAGCCUCGCUUGUAAUUAACCGACUUCCCUCAGAAAAGCUUGCCUGUAUCGUGUACAUGCACACAUUUUUAGACGAGGUGGGAAGUGCAAUACUUAAGCUGCCCUGUCCAGCGCAGGGAGUUGGUAAUUCGCACAAGGAACUUCCAGCUGACGAAAAGCGUAACUAGAGCGUAACCUAUUCAAGGGAGAUGUGCUGUCGAUGUUAUGUACAUAAAAGAACCGUUGGAGUUUGUGGUGGCUUCCUGUAUAUUCUAGUCAGACCUUUAUGUGAUGUGAUUGAGUUUUUGUUUACAGAAAGCAACUGGCAUUUCUGCUACAAUGUGGCAGUGUGAAAAACUUAGUUGCAAAAUGCUAUGGCAAUCUUGGAAGAAUAAUUAAAUAUAACCUUUGCAUAAUGUUACCGGGUUCAUCUCAAGUAAACUAUAUUUUUACGAGAUAGUUCAUCACGACAACGCAGUUGAUCUGCGGAUUAAUUUUGCCAACCUGAGGGUCCUCUAACGUGGGCUGAAAGCUCAACGCACGGCGCACCAUAUUUGAAGUCCCUCGCGGAAGACUGCAUAUCUAAACGACUUGUACCAAGUUGCUGACAUGCUCGACCGGGAUCGAACCGGCAUCCGCGAGAUCAAAUACGGCGGACACAGUACGAACUGGUCCACCAAGGCCGGUAUUUUUAACCGAAAGUGCUAAUCCUCAUUAACUGGUGUCUUUGUUCUCAUAUACAUAAGUCCAUGAUGUAUUUUUUCUCUUGCUCGCAGUAUUUAUUUUGGUUUUUGGUGAAGCAGGAGCAGUGCAUGAGCAGCUGUUGCGAUGCUGUUAAGUUUGACACUUCACAUAAAUUCCUUAUCUUCCAUUGAUUUAUUUGGAGAAGAAUUUGGACUCUGGAUCACUUUCUAUGUAUGCCUGUACAUUUGACAGGAAAAAUGCUGUACCACCUUUUCUGAGUCAUGUGUGUCAUAGCAUUCGUUCACACAUGAAUGCCGGUUGCAUUGCUAGAAGCAUGUAGAACAUAAAUAAACCACCAUUUGUUACGCAUUUUUUUGCA